CUUUUGUUUAGCCACACCACAGAUGACACAUGUUCCACGAGGCGACGCAUGUUUUGCAAGAAGAUGACUUCGUCUUAAAAAUUCACUUCAGUUUCGUGCGAAUCUUUUUACCAAUUCAUGUUCUGGAUCAAAACUUCUUCACUGUAUGAUUCACAACUGCUAAAUCAUUCAUAGAAAUUAUCGAAUUGUCGUCUUCAAAUCCAACGUAAGCAACCAAAUUCGAAUCGAAGAUGAAUAUGUAUGGACUCGAUCAUGGUAUUUACGAUUUCGGCUUGUCCGAUCCGACGAUCAUCGGAUCUCUAUCUCGCUCUUCGCCUUAUUUAUCGGCACAUUUUGCAACGUUUGUCGACGAUUACGACGAUGAUGGAACGCCGGUGAAGCCUAAGAAGCCUUCGACUCCUCCCAGGCACCGCCACGAUGGAACUUCCCCUCUUCCCUUCGGCAUGGACUGGAGCCCUCCUCCUCGCAAAUGGGAUGGUCGGGACUCGAUAUGGCCGCAUGAUCCUCGCUCUGGAUGGAGUUACUGUGUCACAAUUCCUUCUUGGAUUAUCCGGCCAAAAUCAAAAGGAUCAGAUCCUGCAGUGUUUUACAGGGUUCAAAUUGGUAUACAAUCACCAGUAGGGAACACUACGACUCAAGGAAUACUACGUAGAUUUAGUGAUUUCUUGAAGCUAUUUUCUGAACUGAAAACAGCAUUUCCCAAGAAAAAUUUGCCCCCAGCUCCUCCAAAGAGGCUUUUGAAAAGCAAAAGUAGGACACUUUUGGAAGAGCGAAGGUGUUCCUUAGAGGAUUGGAUAGAGAAACUACUAUCAGACAUUGAUUUGUCAAGAAGUGCUCCAGUGGCCAUCUUUCUUGAGCUAGAAGCUGCUGCAAGGUCAUCCUUCUAUGAUUCAAAUCAGCAAUGUGUAGAUGCAAAUUCUUCUGCUGCUGGUGUGGUUCUAACAUAUCAAUUGCAAUCCAACUCAGAUGUUUCUUUGGUUGCUGGUAAUUCGUCAAUUGCUUCAGAUUAUGGUAAUGAUUCAGCUUGCGAAAUAUCUGAGCUUGGAACACCAAGGCAUGGAACAGAUAACUACUCUGAACUUGGCGUGGAAAAUAAAACAUCUGACCAAGAAAAGCUUUCUUGGCGCCCAAAGCAUUCAGAAUAUGAAAACAGUAUUAUGGACAAGGAUGAAAUGGAGCCUUUCUGUAAAACAGAGAAUCGGAAACUAGGUAGCCAUCUUCGGAGAUUGUCGACAGAUAGUGAUGUAAGUUCUGUAAGAGCUAGUGAAAAUUCAAAUUUGGGGGUGGCAAGUUCACUUGGUGACAACUCCCUUAACCUUCCUGAAGGUGCUGAAAUUUCAAGAACCAUGGACACUCUUGCCAAUUCUGAUUUACAAUUUGCUAGGGACUUAUUAGUUGCUCUUCCAUCAGAAGAACGCAAUAAAAUGAACAGGGUUCUUACAACCAUGCAGCGAAGACUAGCUACAGCAAAAACAGACAUGGAAGAUCUUAUAGCAAGAUUAAAUCAAGAGCUUGCUGUAAGACAAUACCUUACAACAAAGGUCAAAGACUUGGAAGUUGACCUUGAAACUACUAAGCAUAGUAGUAAAGAAAACCUGCAACAAGCUAUUCUAAUUGAAAGGGAAAGAUCUACUCAAACGCAAUGGGAUGUGGAGGAAUUGCGGAGAAAGUGUAUAGAGACUGAGUUGAAGUUGAAGUCUGAACAGGAUGAAAAGUUGAAUGUGGAGUCAGCAAAGGCAUCCAUCAUUCAGGAGAAUAAAAAGUUGCAGCAAGAGUUGGAUAAUGCCAGGGAGCAGAUUGAGAACUUGCAAAAACAUAACGAAGACCUAGAGUUGAAAUCAAAAGCAGAUGUUAAACUACUUGUGAAAGAGGUGAAAUCUCUUCGAAGUUCUCAGUCAGAAUUGAAGCAGGAGCUUAGCAGAUUGAUGAAAGAAAAAUUAGAAGUCGAGAGGGUUCUACACAAGGAGAAGAAAAGAUGGGAACAUUCAAAUGCCGCUAAUGCAAAAUUGCUGCAUGAAUGUGAAAUCCUUCGCUGUCGGCUUGAAGAAUGCAGUGUUAAUUUCCUGAUUGAGGAAGAAGAUAAAUUGAUUGUGGAUUCUUCCUCAACAUCUGAUGCUAUAGAUCUGUUGACGACCUCUGAUAAUCGGAUUGGUCUUCUUGUUGCUGAGGCACAGCUACUUGCACAAGACGUUGAAAAUGCUGUUGCAGCUGCGACUCACAAUAGCAAUGGCGGAAACACGAGUGCAACAGAUGAUGAAUUAAGGAAGAUGCUGACAGAUGUUUUCAUUGACAAUGCCAGUUUGAGGAAACAGGUUAAUUCUGUUAUGCGCUGCGCUCUGAAUACACCUGACAAAUCUGAGAAAGAUGAUGAUGAGGAUGAAGAAGCCCCUUCACGAAAAACUGUUCUUAGCAAGUUCUUGGAAAGAUGAUGAUGUGGUUAAUAAUGUUGUAUAGGAUCUUUGAGAUCAUUACCCUUCAAAUAAUAGAUGUAUUUUGUAUUUCUAAUUCUAAUAAAACAUAUAAAUUAUUUUAAGAAC